AAUCAGCUCGUUAGGCAGUGAUUGGAGGCAGGCUGCAAUAAAUGCUACCUGUGUAUACCUGUAGAGCAAGUUGCUUCAGGGCAGUUGGGCUACUGUUGCUGUGACCAGGCUGCACACUUUAGAACACAGAAAUGGCUCAUGGAGUUUGUUUGGGGUUCUUGCUGAUUUGCUUAGUUCAAGCAGAGCAUGUACAGUGUUUGUGGGCUACACAAGAUCACAGACUGAGCAGCAAUGUUGGCUUGUCGCAAAAGGAUAGUGGAGUUGGUGGCAGCUAUCCCCAGAAUCACCUCAGACAGGCUUCCCUUUUUCCACGCUCAGCCCAUUCAACAGAACAGAAGUCUCCAGUUGCUGUGAUUAAGUCUUCCAGCCUGUUUGGCACAGAUGUUCAAACACCACACAGAAGUCCUAUCCGGACGAAAACCUCAGCCAGUGCCCAUGGUAAAAGAGUGUCUCCACGUCAUGGCUCUAAAACAUCUAAACGUUUCUCAUCCAGCCCAAAUAAGAUUACUGGACUAAACUCUGAGAAUGAGGCAAGUAUACCAAACCAAGGCAACCGGUUUUCUGUUUCCAACAUGGUCUCAAGCAACGACCUGUCCAAACGCGGCGCCCAAGCUGCUUUCCUGCCACGCAGUAUAAAGACGACUGAAAGUCAGCACUAUGCGCCAACCAUAACUUACAACAUCCCUUAUCAAUACGGUGGCUUUGCUAUUAGACGGCUGAAAGAACCUGACCUGACCCCGCAGAGCUACGUGGCGGCCCCCCAGGUCCAGAGGUAUGUGGCGGCCGCUCUGGGCUAUGUUGCUCCCCAGCGUCCAGCGGCCCCCCAGGUCCAGAGCUAUGUGGCGGCCCCUCAGAGCUACGUUGCUCCCCAGCGUCCGGCGGCCCCCCAGGUCCAGAGCUACGUUGCUCCCCAGCGUCCGGCGGCUCCCCAGCAUACUGCGGACCCGCAGAGCUACUUGGAUCCCCAACAGCAGUCUGCAUCUUACAAGCCCUGGGUCCCCAGUGGUCAUGUGACCAGAUGGAUCAGAGUCAAUCCUCAUCUGGGAUUGCCUCAUGUGCUAUAGCAGCAGGUGCAGCAGGUGUCCAGGGAUGGAAGAUUUUUAAAUAAAACAAAUCUACAUGUU